AUCACUCCUCAUCCAGCAUGCCACCAGCCAGCCAGCGUGUAGUACUCCCCAUUAAUUAGCUUCCACUAAUUAGCCCCCCUCCUCUCCCAACUCCCGAUUACUCGAUCCACAACCGCGAGCGCACGCCAAACCUCUCCUCGCCCCCUUCCCACCUGCCAGAUCUCCCCGGCUGCCGCCUUUUGCUGCUCCAUGAAGCAGGAAGGGAAUCGGAGCUAGGGUACGCGCGAAUCCAAGGUAGCCGGACCCGCUGCGAUGGGGCUGAUCUCGGGGAUGCUCAUGGGGGUGGUCGUCGGCGUCGCCAUCAUGGCCGGCUGGAGCCGCGUCAUGCAGCAGCGAAGCAGGAAGCGCGUUGCCAAGGCUGCGGAUAUCAAGGCCCUUGGUUCUCUCGGCAGGGACGACCUCAAGAAGCUUUGCGGCGACAAUUUCCCCGAGUGGAUUUCCUUCCCACAGUAUGAGCAGGUGAAAUGGCUCAACAAGCAUCUCAGCAAACUUUGGCCUUUUGUUUCCCAAGCUGCAACUGCAGUUGUUAAGGAAUCUGUUGAACCACUGCUAGAUGAUUACCGACCUCCAGGAAUAAAAUCUCUGAAGUUCAACAAAUUCUCUCUUGGAAAUGUGUCGCCAAAGAUUGAAGGCAUCCGUAUCCAAAAUCUUCAGCCAGGCCAGAUCAUAAUGGAUAUAGAUUUCCGCUGGGGUGGUGAUCCAAGCAUAAUCCUUGCUGUUGAUGCUCGGGUUGCAUCACUGCCUAUUCAGCUCAAGGAUCUCCAGGUCUUUACAGUUGUCCGUGUUGUAUUUCAACUAUCAGAAGAGAUUCCCUGCAUCUCUGCUGUGCUUGUUGCUCUCCUCGCAGAGCCAGAGCCAAAAAUACAGUACACGUUGAAGGCUGUUGGAGGAAGCCUGACUGCUAUUCCAGGACUUUCUGAUAUGAUUGAUGAUACUGUCAAUUCAAUUGUUAAUGACAUGCUCCAGUGGCCACACAGGAUUGUUGUUCCACUUGGUGUCAAUGUUGAUACAAGUGAGCUGGAGCUUAAACCUGAGGGAAGACUUUCUUUGACUGUAGUAAAAGCAACGUCUCUGAAGAACAAGGAGAUGAUUGGUAAAUCUGAUCCCUAUGUGACCCUGUAUGUGCGUCCGAUGUUCAAGGUGAAAACGAAAGUCAUUGGUAACAAUCUAAAUCCUGAAUGGAAUGAAACAUUUGAGCUGAUUGUUGAAGACAAGGAAACCCAAUCUGUCAUUCUCGAGGUUUAUGAUGAAGACAACCUUCAGCAAGACAAGAGGCUAGGUGUGGCUAAACUAGCAGUGAACAAUAUUCAGCCUGAGACUCCCUCUGAAAUCACUCUGAAGCUUAUGCAGUCACUGGAUUCACUUAAAAUUAAAGACUACGGGGAUAGAGGAUCAUUACAUCUUAAGGUCACGUACCAUCCAUUUACCAAGGAAGAGCAACUGGAAGCCCUGGAGUCGGAAAAGAGAGCAAUAGAGGAGAGGAAGCGGCUCAAGGAGGCUGGAGUAAUUGGCAGCACAAUGGAUGCACUUGGUGGCGCUGCAUCACUGGUUGGUUCAGGUGUUGGGUUUGUGGGCACUGGCGUUGCUGGGGGUGUUGGGCUCGUGGGCUCAGGGCUCGGUGCUGGCGCAGGGCUUGUUGGUUCUGGUAUUGGUGCCGUGGGCAGUGGCCUUGGUAAAGCUGGGAAGUUCAUGGGGAGGACUGUGACAGGUCAUUUGGGCAUGUCCCGCAAGAGCGGCAGCAGCUCUACUGCUCCUCAGCCUGAUCAGGCUUCUGCAUAACAUGGUGUACAGUUGGAGCAGUGUGUCAUCUUUACUUUUGGUUUUCGAUGAACCUGCCAUACUUAGGAUCAUACGAAGUGCUAUUUUCGGUUUGCAUUUUCACUGUGCUGUAUCCAUGGCGCAAUAUUUUUCCAGCGUAUGAACUGGAGUAUUUGCCAAUUGGUUCAUUGUAUUUUAUUUUUAUCUGAACAAUAUUCUAAGCAGAUUUACUGUAAAUUGGAAGGCAAGUUUUCACAAAUUAAUGAAAUAGGAUGGUAUUUAAUUGUUCAUGUAA